UUCACGUCCGGGGUUAUUGCGCAUCUCAUGCUGGAACGAUUCAGUGUAUCUGUUUCGAUUCUAGUAUAAUUUUUUGAUAUAUUCGGCGGAGGAUUUCUCUGCUGAAUCUACUGUCGCCAUGAAACUCGUACGGUUUUUGAUGAAAUUGAGCCAUGAGACGGUCACUAUCGAACUGAAAAAUGGCACCCAGGUCCACGGCACCAUCACAGGUGUUGAUGUAUGUAUGAACACCCACCUCAAAGCUGUGAAGAUGACACUUAAGAACAGGGAGCCAGUUCAGCUGGAGAGCCUGAGUAUCCGUGGCAACAACAUCCGCUACUUCAUCCUGCCCGACAGUCUUCCCCUGGACACGCUGCUUGUGGACAUUGAGCCCAAAGUCAAGUCCAAGAAGAGGGAGGCUGUUGCUGGUCGUGGAAGAGGCCGAGGUCGGGGCAGAGGUCGAGGCAGAGGAAGAGGCAGAGGGGGACCAAGGCGAUAAAUUUCUCCCCUCUUCCACUGCUCUGCAAGCUUUCUCUCUGACUUUUGCUUUCUUUGAGAAAAUUGGAAAUGGAACUGUUUGUUUUUGUUUUUCAUUUUUUAAUAAACC